AUGCUUCCACACUACGUCCCAAUCCUCCCAAUCAAGGACCCAACGAACCUUUACGAAGAACUGGUUGGAUACCUCCACCGGGCCUCCCUCAGUGGCGAUCUACAUCCCUCACGUCCAAACCUAUCACCUACUCGACCCGACUGGGCUGAGCUAGAGGACCAAGAAAGUUCAAACGACAAUGCGAUCAACGAGGACGAUUCAUUCCCGAGCAACCUGUAUGCAGCAAUUGAAUUCCUCGAUCGGUCACUGGAUGAUCCUGGUACAUUGGCUUUGGCCCGGCAGAUCUUGGGUCGCUCUACGGCGAGUCGUCUUAGGCAACUUAUUCAUACUGUUGCGCCUGUCAUUUAG